AUGUUAAAAGCACAAGGAGAUAUUAAGCAAUAUGAAGGCUCAGAUAAUUUGAAUACCUCGCUGCAUUUGAAUGAAGCUGAAAAAACUAGAGGUGUUGCCCAUAUUGAAGCAAUUGUUGAUACAAUGAAAGAUGAGAAAAGAGGACGAUUGAUAACUUGGAUCUUCGCUAUCUCAAUCUUGUUAACCGCUUGGGCUUACGCCUUGGAUGGCUCCACUACGUUCAACUAUCAGCCGUUCGCUACGUCUUCUUUCAAUCGACAUUCAAUGAUUUCGACCGUGGAAAUCGCUACUAGAAUUAUUUCUUCAAUUUGUAAACCCUUCUUGGCCAAAAUUUCAGAUAUAACUUCUCGCCCAAUCACCUAUAUAGUAGUGUUGGUAUUUUAUGUUUUAGGCUAUAUUAUAUCUGCUGCUAGUCCAAGUAUUACGGCUUUUGUUAUUGGAGAAGUCUUUGUGGCAAUUGGUGGUUCUGGUUUAACUUUGAUGAAUUCAAUCAUUGUUGCUGAUUUAACCCCUUUGAAAUGGAGAGGUUUUAUCAAUUCUUUAUUAGCCACUCCUUUCAUCAUCAACUGUUGGUUUGCUGGCUUAAUCGUGCAAGACAUCACGGGGACUAAUUGGCGCUGGGGGUAUGGAAUGUUUGCCAUUAUUAUCCCGGUUUGUCUUCUACCUGCUAUUACAGUCAUGUUAUGGCUAGAUAGAAAGGCAAUGAAAACUGGUAAAAUCAAUAUUGCUUCUUGUAAAUACGAUGUUACCAAUGAUGUAGCUGAUAAAAAUUAUAAAAAAUUAUUUAAAGAUGGCCUCAUUCAAAUAGAUGCUAUGGGAUUGGUCUUAUUGGGAUUUGCAUUUUCCCUUUUAUUGUUACCAUUCUCCCUUUAUUCUACUGCGGAAGGUAAAUGGCACAAUCCCUCCAUGAUUGCAAUGGUUGUCGUUGGUGGAAUCUUAUUACUCGUAUUCACCCUUUAUGAAAUGUAUUUGGCCCCCUUCCCUUGUAUGCCAAAACGUAUUAUUACAAAUAGAACUUUUAUCUGUGCUGUGAUUAUUGAUUUUAUUUACAUGUUGGCUGGCUAUAUUAGAAGUACUUAUUUUAGUUCCUAUGUCUUGGUAGUUAAGGACUGGUCAGUCAAAAAUUGGACUUACUAUAAUAACACUUUAACUUUAUCUUUAUGUAUAUUCGGUGUGGUUGCCGGUGCUAUUCAAAGAAUUACCCAUCGCUAUAAAGAAUUGCAAAUUGCUGGCCUUGCCAUCAAAUUAAUCGGUAUGGGAUUAUUUGUGAAAGCUAAAGGGUUUGAUGCAACUACCGCUUUGUUGGUUAUGGGUUCGUUAUUAGUUGGUAUGGGUGGCUCGUUUUCCGUCGUAGGCUCCCGUGUUGCUUCAGAGGCCAGUGUUCCUCACCAAGAUUUAGCUCUCGUUAUUUCCUUACUCUCUUUAUGGAGUUCAGUAGGUGCUGCAAUUGGCUCUGCCAUCGCUGCUCCAAUCUGGAAUUCUAAGCUCCCCGAUUCCCUUCGUGAAUAUUUGCCCAAGCCAGUGAAUGAAACCUUGGUAUCAACUAUAGUUGAAAAAGCUACAUUCUUAGCUGGAUAUCCUUAUGAGUCUCCGGUAAGAGUCGCGGGAAUUAAAGCCUACGGUGAUGUUACUAGAUACCUUUUUGUCCCUGCCUUGUGUAUUGCCUUCAUUCCAUUGUUUGCUGCUUUCUUCCAAACUGGGUUUUACUUGGGCGAUCAGCUCAAUGCUGUUGAAGGUGACCAGCCCAAAGAGAACAUUGAAGCUUUAAAAACAUGGGAAAAGAAACAAGAUGUAAAAGGCUUUGACCGUGUUCUUGAAUUUUUUAACCGUCCUCUCAAAGGCUGAAUACAACGUUCAGGUAAUAACUUUUUCACAAUAAAAGCCAUUGGAAUUUCCGUAAAGACUCUCGUAAAAUUGCAAAAUUAUUUUGCAACCAAAAAAUCGCGCUCCGGAUUUUUGCUUGAUCUUUGAAGCAUUUGAUGAAUAAAUAUUCAUUCAGUAUAAAGAAGACUAGCUAGAUACAUAAAAGGUAUUUAGCAAACAGAUAAUUUCCAACCAAAUCCCUCACAAACCGUAACCCAGUCAUGGCAAUAUUCACCCUUGGUGUUUCGAAGCCAACAUUCUUCCACAAUCUUUAAGGCCUUCUUAACGUUUCCGACUUUGCAGAGUGAAUGGAGUUUGUUGAACUUCUUUCUCAUUUCACAGCGAUCUAAAUUAGUUACACAACACACACCACAUGCUAUUAAUGUCAUGACUAAUGAGGUACGAAGAUGACUUUCCAUAACAAAAUCUA